CUGAUAUGUGAUACACCCUUCGCAAUGCUCCACCUGUCUAUAGUCACACCCCUCUGACCAGACAGGAGGAACUUCUUACUUACAAGAUUUCUCACCUUGUUUCAAAGCAGCUCCAUUUCUUUGCCCCAGAUUGCGAGCAGGAGCCAAGGAUCAAGAUUCCUUCGGUGGCCUUUACUUGGAGAAUUAGACUUCAACAGCUUCACUCUAGCAAGUGUAAAGUGCCCACCUCCCUCCUCCUGGUGUCAAGAUUCUAAGAAGCUUACGACCCUCUUGAAAAAAACAGAAAAUCCUGAUGAAGGCUGCAAUUCAGUAUUAAAUGGAUCACUGUUUUCCAGUACACACAACCUAUACUUCCAGUUACAUCUCCCAUACCUCUAUAAAUAAUAAUCGUAAAACCCCCAUGAAAGAGAAUGAAGGAUAUUAAUGUUAUUGGCAUCAAUGUGAAUAGAACAUACAUAAUCCCUGAUCCCUUCUCAGCCAUUGUGGAUGAUUCCUGCUUAGUGAGCAAUCUUGCCAGAUCUGAAGACUUGUACCAGGAUUAUUGCUCUCACAAAGAGCUCAGUGGUACUUGGGGAGAUUUUGAGAGUUUCAGUGAUUGCCCUCCUGAAUCUGAAAGGUUUUAUUAUAAAGAGGGAGAUCUGCAUGUGUCCUCAAGGCAUCACUUAGCUGAAUGUCGCACAACUACCUCAAAAGAAGCUUUCUCUUCUGAACAAACUGAGUUCCCCUUAGAUUGGGAUGCUCUUAUUUCAACACAAGAGGAUUCCAAGGCUUUUCAGCUAAGCUUUCCAGAUAUCCCAGUUGAACAGUGCACAGAUGAAAUUAAAACCCUUCAGAACCCACUGGCUUCAUUAAAUGGAGAUUUCAGUGUUGGCGAUUUAAUAAACAUGCAGUUCAGGGCUGACUGUCACAGCUUAGAUUCACUGGACGAUUCUCCUGCUACUUCACAAAGAUUCGAGUGGAAGAAUUCCCAGGGUUCUAGGAACCUCUUACUGCUACUAGGAGUUGACCCUUCUGAAAAAUAUUCAGUAGAUGGCAACCAAACAAAGAAUGAUUCCAUCUCUACUGACCAUGAUCUGUCUUCAGUAAAUGAAUCCUCACAUCCUAAUGGAACUAAAUCUCUCAUUCAGACUAAGUUGCACGUGGCCCCAGACUCCCGCCAAGGUUCCAUUUUCUCCUACCAAUUUUUUGUGAAGACAUCAGCGACCAAUACACCUUUACUGUUCCUCACAGUGUCUGGAAAGAAGAGUUUUUUCAGUACAAAUCAUUUACGUUUCAAUUUUUAACUUCUUUUGGCAAACUUAAUUGUGAAAUAAGGAAUCAAAAAAAAAAAAAAAAUUAU